CCGAGCAGCUGCGCUCCGCUGCGGGGGAGGCCAUGGCGGAACCUUCCCAGGCCUCGACCCCGGCCCCAGCCUCGCAGUCGCGGCCCCUCCAGUCCCCGGCCCCGGCCCCAACGCCUACUCCUGCCCCCAGCCCGGCUUCCGCCCAGACUCCGGCUCCCACUCCGGCCCCAGCCCCUGCUGCAAACCCAGCUGGGAGCACAGGCACUGGGGGGCCCGGGGUAGGAAGUGGGGGCUCCGGCAGCGGGGGGGACCCCGCUCGACCUGGCCUGAGCCAGCAGCAGCGUGCCAGCCAGAGGAAGGCGCAAGUCCGGGGGCUGCCGCGCGCCAAGAAGCUGGAGAAGCUCGGGGUCUUCUCGGCUUGCAAGGCCAAUGAAACCUGCAAGUGUAAUGGCUGGAAGAACCCUAAGCCCCCCACGGCCCCCCGCAUGGAUCUGCAGCAGCCAGCUGCCAACCUGAGCGAGCUGUGCCGCAGCUGUGAGCACCCUCUGGCGGACCAUGUAUCCCACUUGGAGAAUGUGUCAGAGGAUGAGAUUAAUAGGCUGCUGGGGAUGGUGGUGGACGUGGAGAACCUGUUCAUGUCUGUGCACAAGGAGGAGGAUACGGACACCAAGCAGGUCUAUUUCUACCUCUUCAAGCUCCUGCGGAAGUGCAUCCUGCAGAUGACCCGACCUGUGGUAGAGGGCUCCCUGGGCAGCCCUCCAUUUGAGAAACCAAACAUUGAGCAGGGUGUGCUGAACUUUGUGCAGUACAAAUUUAGUCACCUGGCCCCCCGGGAGCGGCAGACCAUGUUUGAGCUCUCCAAGAUGUUUCUACUCUGCCUUAAUUACUGGAAGCUGGAGACGCCAGCCCAGUUCCGGCAGCGGUCCCAGGCUGAGGACGUGGCCACCUAUAAGGUCAACUAUACCAGGUGGCUCUGCUACUGCCAUGUGCCCCAGAGCUGUGACAGCCUGCCUCGGUAUGAGACCACGCAUGUGUUUGGCCGUGGCCUCCUCCGCUCCAUCUUCACCGUUACACGCCGGCAGCUAUUGGAGAAGUUCCGGGUGGAGAAGGACAAGCUGGUGCCUGAGAAGAGAACCCUCAUCCUCACUCACUUCCCCAAGUUCCUGUCUAUGCUGGAGGAAGAGAUCUAUGGGGCCAACUCACCUAUCUGGGAGUCAGGCUUCACCAUGCCACCGUCUGAGGGGACCCAGCUGGUGCCCCGGCCAGCGACAGUCAGUGCCGCAGUGGUUCCUAGCACCCCCAUCUUCAGCCCUACCAUGGGUGGAGGCAGCAGCAGCACCCUGAGCCUGGAUUCUGGAGGGGCCGAGCCCAUGCCAGCAGGUGAGAAGAGGAAACUGCCAGAGAAUCUGACCCUGGAGGACGCCAAGCGACUCCGUGUGAUGGGCGACAUCCCCAUGGAGCUGGUCAAUGAGGUCAUGCUUACCAUCACCGACCCUGCAGCCAUGCUGGGGCCAGAGACCAGUCUGCUGUCAGCCAAUGCCGCUCGGGAUGAGACGGCCCGCCUGGAGGAGCGCCGGGGCAUCAUCGAGUUCCACGUCAUCGGCAAUUCACUCACACCUAAGGCCAACCGGCGGGUGCUGCUCUGGCUCGUAGGGCUGCAGAAUGUCUUCUCCCACCAGCUGCCACGCAUGCCCAAGGAGUACAUCGCUCGCCUCGUCUUCGACCCGAAGCAUAAGACUCUGGCCUUGAUCAAGGAUGGGCGUGUCAUUGGUGGGAUCUGCUUCCGGAUGUUUCCCACUCAGGGUUUCACUGAGAUCGUCUUCUGUGCUGUCACCUCUAAUGAGCAAGUCAAGGGCUAUGGGACCCACCUGAUGAACCACCUGAAGGAAUAUCACAUCAAGCAUAACAUCCUCUACUUUCUCACAUACGCUGACGAGUAUGCCAUUGGCUACUUCAAAAAGCAGGGCUUCUCCAAGGACAUCAAGGUGCCCAAGAGUCGCUACUUGGGCUACAUCAAAGACUACGAGGGUGCCACGUUGAUGGAGUGUGAGCUGAAUCCUCGGAUUCCCUACACAGAGCUGUCACACAUCAUUAAGAAACAGAAGGAGAUCAUCAAGAAGCUCAUUGAGCGCAAACAGGCCCAGAUUCGGAAGGUCUACCCCGGGCUCAGCUGCUUCAAGGAGGGUGUGAGGCAGAUCCCCGUGGAGAGUGUCCCCGGCAUCCGAGAAACAGGCUGGAAACCAGUGGGGAAGGAGAAGGGGAAGGAGCUGAAGGACCCUGACCAGCUCUACACAACCCUCAAAAACCUGCUGGCCCAGAUCAAGUCCCACCCUAGUGCCUGGCCCUUCAUGGAGCCCGUGAAGAAGUCCGAGGCGCCCGACUACUACGAGGUCAUCCGCUUCCCCAUAGACCUCAAGACCAUGACCGAGCGGCUGCGUGGCCGCUACUACGUGACCCGGAAGCUGUUCGUGGCCGACCUGCAGCGGGUCAUCGCCAACUGCCGCGAGUACAACCCGCCCGACAGCGAGUACUGCCGCUGCGCCAGUGCGCUGGAGAAGUUCUUCUACUUCAAGCUCAAGGAGGGCGGCCUCAUCGACAAGUAGCAGCUGGAGGAGGAGGAGCAGCAGCAACCCAGGAGGGAG